AUGCGCCGUAUACAGCGCUUGUGCAGUGGCAUCUAUGACGUGUGGAUGAAUCUUCAAGUGGAGCUCCAUGGUAGCUACUCGAUCUCUCGAAUGAGAUUCUUGUCCGAAUACUCAAGCUCCACUUCCGUUUUCCGUGCCAGUGUGUUUGUGAUCAUAGCCCCCUUCCCGUGCCUCAUUAUAUUGACGAUGAUAGAUUGUGUUCCUCUAGCUCCAACCGAGGACGGAUCACGAGCGAAUUAUUUGUUCUGGGGGAGAAAUUAUUUGACGAUCUCGCUCAUGACUCGUGCGAUUCUCGAGCAGCUCCAUCUCACUGUACCAAGCUUAGAUUUCACCUUCAUUCGAACAGUGUGCAUCUCCGCUCUCCCAAGUGCCGGGGCUGUUGCAUUUAUGCUUGCCAUGACAAGUUUGAUUGGGUUCCCCUUACCAUUCACGCUUGUAAUUGGGAUUCCAGUGUGGUUUGUUGGUCUCGUGAUCUGUUUUGGUAUAUUUUUCGGGUCAAAACUGAGGAGAGAAUCGGAAGUUCGCACGGAGUUGCUAAACUACAUUGUGGUAAUUGCAUGUCAAGUGGUAUUAACUUUCAUCUACCCUGCGUAUCUCUACGGUUUUCGAUCCGUGAGUUCGACUGUACAGACAUUUUACGUGUUGCUGCUUCCUAUUAUCAAAAUUGCGACGAAAAACUGGAUCAGCUUUUUUCUGGGUACGAAAGACGACCUAAAGCCACAAGUUGUGAUUCUCAAUAUUGAGGUUUUCAACGCACUGUACGUGGCUAGUUCCAUGCAGAACGCAACCUCGAUCAGUACAACGAUGGCUCUCACGUUCGUCGAUUUUGCGCUCGCAUGGAUAUCGAUUAAGGAUGUCAAUUUUUUCUUAGCAGACAUCACGGCACUGCUGAUGAAAAUCCCGUCAGAUCACCCGUUAAAGACGGCAAAUUUCAUGGAGAUAGCGUUGAAAAUGCUAGACGAGGACGUCCAGUUGAGAGCAGAUUCAGCACUGCGUUUAUUCUCAGUUCGUAUACCAGCUUCUAGUAGCCGGCCCGUAAGAGUUCGAAGUCUGGAUCCAGCAGUUGAGACGAACUUCCCAUCCCGUCAUAAUCUUUUCCCUACUGCGUCGAUAUUACCGAAGUUACCAUCAAUUCCCUUUCUGACUGGUGCAACCGUUAUGCCAGCUAGGAAGGAAACAUACAAACCCUUCCGAGAGCUCUUCACCACGAAGCAACGAAUGGACUAUGUGCACAGAACUGCACAGGUAUUGUUCACGACCGAAUUUAUUAUCCUCAUCGAGUUCACGGAAGUUAUUAUUCCGUUCAUUUACAGCACUUAUACGAUAGCAAUGUUCCAGCUUCCGAACCGAGUCUUCUACCCGCAAAUUCGUGCGCUGAAUCGCACUACACUCGGCCAAAUGAUUGGGAAUAUCGCCGUCUAUGGGCUUAUGGAACUCUUAUCUUUCAUCGCAAUGAGUGUGAUACUGAGAAGGAAGCUUGGCAUUUCGACUCUACACCAACUCGCUUUCGUGCUCGACCGCGAGCGACGAAUGGUGCAGUCGAACUUGUUUCUCUGGAUUUGUUACACGAUCCAGAAUUCGCUCGACCACAACGGCGCGGAUUUUAGCUGGAAAUUCAGCUGGUUGAAGAAAAGCAACUGA